AUGGAGAGCAUUGGGAUUUCCCAUAUUGAGACAGUGAAAUCUAAAUUGACCGUUCGAACCAUGGGAAUGCUCAUUCGGAAGUACAACAUUGAUCUCAAGUUCCAUCCUCGCUUGCCGGAGGCUAAUGAUGCCAUUAUUGAUGGUCCUGAAGGAUUCGUAGGGGCUUACCGGGUGUUCUUCAAAUCCGUACUUCGUAUUCCUGCUUUUGAUUUAUUAGAAGCUGUUUUGGAUUAUUAUGACGUGUCGUCGUCUAUCAACCUAUUUCGCCACUUCCAUAUUCCAAUGUCCAAUGGAGAUUGGGUUUCCUUCUCCCUUCGUCAUGGUUUGGUGGAGCUUUGUGAUGGUCUCCCAACCUCCAUCAAAUAUUGGAAGGAAGAGUUCGUCUUCGUUCAUUCCUCUGCCUUCUCCGGCCCUAUGGCGUAUAGUGCUACCGCUGACACGGUUGCCGACCAUGUCCCUGAACUCUCACCCGACGAACUGUUGAUAAUAGAGAAGUUAUCGGCCAAUUUUGUUUGA